UGUUCCAAUCCCUCCAUAUCAUGUGAUUCAGGUGUUCCAAUCCCCUCCAUAUCAUGUGAUUCAGGUGUUCCAAUCCCCUCCAUGGACACAGGUGUAUACAGUCAAGCCCCUAGGCAUGCAGACGGCUUCUACAAACAUUGGGUGAUAGAAUGGGUCGCUCUCAGGAGCUCAAUGACUCCAAGCGUGGUCCCGUGAUAGGUGGCCAACUGUGCAAUAAGUCCAUCCGUGACAUUUCCUGGCUACUAAAUAUUCCACGCUCAACUGUUAGUGGGAUUAUAACAAAGUGGAAGCCACUGGGAACAACAGCCACUCAGCCACCAAGUGGUAGGCCACGUCACAUGACAGGGCGGGUCAGCGCAUGCUGAAGCGCACAGUGCGCAGAAGUCACCAACUGUCUGCAGAGUCAAUAGCUAAAGACCUCCAAAACUUGGUGUGGCCUUCAGAUGAGCCCAACAACAGUGCGUAGAGAGAGCUGCAUGGAAUGGGUUUCCAUGGCCAAGCAGCUGCAUCCAAG